CUAACCCGGAAGGGGAUUUCCGGAAGCGAAGGUCCUGGUCUGGUGAGUGGAUUGUGGUCUCUGAGGUGUAAACCCGGGCUCGUCGGCCCCUUCCUGGCUCGGUUCUCCACGCCCCGGCACCGAGGACUCCUGCGGGCGCCCCACGCCCCGCAACCGCCCGUCAGACCCGCAGGGAGUCGCCGGGCCCUGCGCUCCCCGGGCCGGUAGUCCGUGUCUGUUGGCGGUCGAAGGCGCCCCCGAGGCCUGCACAGAAUCCAGCCCUCCCCGAUGCCGCCGCCGUCGUCCUCCGGCGGCCGGGGGUCCGUCCCCGCCUCGGGGGGGGGAGCGGGCCCGGGUCCCCGCGCCCCAGACCUGCCCCGGGGCUGCGGUGCCGGCGUGUUCGCGUGCCGGGUCCCGCUGGGAAGGGAGCGCCUCCGUCCCGGAGAGCGGCGCGGGGUGUCGGCGGGGUGAGGAGGAAAGACCGGGAAGGGACGGCGGGCUCCCCGCGCAGUGGCGUGCAGGCCGGGCGGGGCGGUCACGGAGGACUCCCGACAGGAGCAGCGGACGUGAGGGAGGAAGUGGCCCGGGGAACACGGACAGUCGGGUGAGACCGGCCAGCACUGGCGCCGGGCAAUGCAAGGGACAUGGCUGUGAAGUCCUAAGUUGCUCUCCUGGUUGACUCAGCUUUGCCUCCUGUUGCUGAGAGACUGUGUAUGAGUGAAAACCCAGAAGACACUUGGCAACUGAGCUACUAAGAAUGGACUCACAAGGAUGGUCAUGUCUGAAAACAUCCAUAAUCUUCUAGGAAUCAGUGACGUUUGAGGAUGUAGCUGUAGACUUUACUCAGGAAGAGUGGACCCUGCUGGACAGGUCCCAGAGAAAACUCUUCAGAGAUGUGAUGCUGGAGAACAUCAGUCACCUGGUCUCAAUUGGUGAGUCUCUUAGUGUUACUAUGUAUGUAUAUUUCUGUUCACUCAUUCACUCAACAGCUUUGUGGCUAAGACUCCUCAUUUCUCACUGAAAACUGUCCUUCUUACAACUCACAACAAUCUUCACAUUGUACUUUGAUUUGUCAUCCUACUAGAAUGUAAUUUUCUUCACACAGUUUCAUGUCUUUCUUGCUGCUCAAUAUCCACAACACCCAAACAGUGGUGGGAAUUCAUUAUUUUUGAAUUGGCAGACAGCUCUACAAAUCUGAAACGAUUUCCCACUUGGAACCAGGAGAGCACCUUUCAAAAGAAGGGCUAGGUUUGCUGCAAUGCCAGAGUCUGGAUAGGGAAGAUGAUCUUAAAAAACAAGAAAUGAUACUCAUGCAACAUGUCUGCAAGAAGGACACAGCAUUAGUCAGUGCAAUGAGAUCUCACACUCAGGAGAAUCCUUUUGAAUGCAAUGAUUUUGGAGAAAAUUUAACUGAAAUACUAACAUGGACUCAAUAUGUGGUACCUAAAAUGGGAAAGAAUCCCUGUAUCAGCAAAGAAUGUGGGAAAGACAGCAGUUGUUCCCCAUCAUUUAAUACACGUAAGCAGAGUCACACUACAAGUAAAUCACAUGAAUGUCAUCAGCGUGGGAAUGCCUUUAUUCAAAGCUCUGCCCAUAGACAAACCAAUACUACUCAGAAUGGAGAGAAAACAUUUGAAUGUCAUGAAUGUGGGAAAGCCUUUGGAAAAAGUUCUAACCUGAGGCGACAUGAGAUGAUUCACACUGGAGUGAAACCACAUGGAUGUCAUCUGUGUGGGAAGGCCUUCACUCAUUGUUCUGACCUUAGAAAACAUGAGAGAAUUCACACUGGAGAGAAAUCAUAUGGAUGUCAUCUGUGUGGGAAAGCCUUCAGUAAGAGUUAUAACCUUCGGCGACACGAGAUGAUUCACACAAGGAAAAAACCCCAUGAAUGCCAUCUGUGUGGGAAAGCCUUCACUCACUGUUCUGACCUUAACAAACAUGAAAGAACUCACUUUGGAGAGAAACCAUAUGGAUGCCAUCUAUGUGGGAAGACCUUCAGUAAAACUUCGUACCUUAGACAACAUGAGCGAACUCAUAAUGGAGAGAAACCGUAUGAGUGUCAUCUCUGUGGAAAGGCAUUCACUCACUGUUCUCACCUUAGAAAACACGAGAGAACUCACACUGGAGAGAAACCCUACGAAUGUCAUCUAUGUGGGAAAGCUUUCACUGAAUCUUCUGUCCUUAGACGACAUGAGAGAACCCACACUGGAGAGAAACCGUAUGAAUGUCACCUCUGUUGGAAAGCCUUUACUGAUUCUUCUGUCCUUAAAAGACAUGAGAGAACUCACACUGGAGAAAAACCAUACGAAUGUCCCCUGUGUGGGAAAGCUUUCAAUCACUCUUCUGUCCUUAGACGACAUGAGAGAACUCACACCGGUGAGAAACCGUACAAAUGCAGUGUAUGUGGAAAAGCCUUCAACAGAAGCUAUAAUUUUAGAUUGCAUAAGAGAAUCCACACUGGAGAGAAACCAUAUAAAUGUUAUGUAUGUGGGAAAGCCUUCAGUAAAUAUUUUAACCUUAGACAACAUGAGAAAAUACAUGUAAAAAUAAUCAGUGUAGACGAUUCACCACCUAUAGCUUCAAACUAUAAACACUCUUGAGGGCUCAAACACUCAAGAAACACUAGGUUUAUAAUCGGUGUGGGAGAGCAUUUUUCCAUCCUUACUACUUUACUCAACUGAAGGUAAUCCCAAGUGAAGAGAAUCUGCAUGUGGGUCACACCUGUGUGACCAAACCUUCACAGAAUGGACUGACAUGGAAGAAAUGAAAUGGAGUAUGGAAGGAUUUUCUCCCACAGUUCUGUCGAACAAAAUGGAGAAGUGGCAUGUCAGAGAAAACAGGUCUGUAAUUAUGCAGAAAUACUUUCCUUCGUCCUUUAAAUAAGCAAAUUGUGCAGCAGAGUCUCUAGACCUGUAAUCACCAUGCACUCAUUCAUUCAGCAACACAUCUGGCAUGCAGAAGUCUGCUAAAACAAAUAAGGGGGGAAAAAAACAUUCCUAGGAAGACCGGAGAAUUUUGUUGCCAAAGGGCUGUGUUCCAUGAGAACUAGGACAUAAGGAUUGAGGACAUUUGGAGUAUCCUGUGUGCAGAAAGCCUAAAUUACCUGACCUAACAGUAAUGUCUGUAGUGACAAAGCACUCCCUCUACUAAUGGCAAACACCAGUUUGGCACAGCUGAAAGCAGCAGCAGAAGAGACAAGCCUGCCUUGCCCUUUUCCCCGUCAUAGCAGCCACAAAUGCACAAGUCACCCAACUGAGGAGACCUCUGCAUCCCAGGUUCCCCCACAAAAGGCAAAUGCAGAAAGACGGGAGACACCAGGUAACAGACCAAGUUGCUGAUCCUACUCACUUGAACGUGCUUAGGCAUCCUUGUUCACACAUGGCAAAAAAGAGAAUACAGAUGCUUAUAAUUAAUUUA